AGUUUAUGACAGCGAAUUUUUCGUGUGAAUUGUGAUUUCUUGUGAUAAAACACCUUUGUGAUACCAUGAAAAUGUUAAACGAAUGUGGCGGAAAAUUGAUAGGAGCUCGUCAUUUCUAUAAAACCUAUAAAAGCAAAUAUUUAAUUCAAUAUUAUUUUUGUUAUUAAUUUAUCAUUUUAUAAUCCAGUUGCUACCAACAAGACUAAUUUAUGUAUAACGCGACCGUUCGACGAGACGAGAACUAAUCGUCAGUUAUGUAAAUGUAUAGUUUGAUACCAUCGAUCGCAGCGAAAAAGUCGCUGCAUUUCGCCUUUCGCCAUUACGAGUAGAGUUUAAGGGAACAGCUGAUCGCGUUGUCAAUGUUGUCAUCCUCGAUAUCUCCCGUCGAGAACGUGAUACAUUUUCUAUCUUGAGCGGCGAAAUCAUGGCUGUGUCAAUAAACGAAAUCUGCGAGAACACGAAGCUCGCGCGUGAAAUGGCAUUGAUGGGAAACUACGAUACGUCUGGCGUUUACUACCAGGGAGUCGUGCAACAGAUACACAGACUACUCGCGACCAUAGCGGACGCGACUCGCAAGGCAAAGUGGCAGGUUGUGCAGCAUCAGAUUGUCCAAGAGUUUGAGAAAGUCAAGGCCACGUCCAACACGCUGCAGCUCUUCAAAGUGGACACGCAUGGCGAGAGGCUGCUCGGUAGUACAUCCUGCCUGUCGUUCGAGGAACCGACCCGAGAUCCUGCUCUCUGGUCUUACAACAAUUCAGACUCCUCUUGGAAUCAGCCACAACCCAGGGAUCCUGAUGUGUGGCCUCCCCUAACUCCAGCAGAACAAAAAAGUUCAAGACAACAAAAAAUUCAACAGAAACAGCAGAACCGAACAAACGCCCGAAAAUCUCUUGCCACAGUUAAAAAGCCAGAAAGCAAGGCUUCUGGUAAAAAGGAUGAUAAGAAAACUGCCAAAAAAGACGAUGCAAGCAAGGAUAAGCCAGAAACGGAAAAAGACGACGUUGAACUGGAAGAACGUAAAUUUGAGCCAUCUGCUAAUGAUAAGGAUCUUGUAGAAAUAUUAGAAAGAGACAUUGUUCAAAAGAAUCCAAAUAUCCAUUGGGACGAUAUAGCCGAUUUACAUGAGGCAAAGCGAUUGCUGGAGGAAGCAGUUGUCCUUCCGAUGUGGAUGCCUGAUUUCUUCAAGGGAAUCAGGCGACCUUGGAAAGGAGUGCUAAUGGUUGGACCGCCGGGCACAGGCAAGACUAUGCUCGCAAAAGCUGUUGCAACAGAGUGUGGUACAACAUUCUUCAAUGUCUCGUCCUCUACGUUGACAUCGAAAUAUAGGGGUGAAUCGGAGAAACUUGUUCGGUUGCUAUUCGAGAUGGCCAGAUUUUAUGCGCCCAGUACGAUCUUCAUCGACGAAAUUGAUUCUCUGUGCUCUAGAAGAGGAUCUGAAUCCGAACACGAAGCUUCACGUCGCGUAAAAUCCGAACUUCUCGUUCAAAUGGACGGAAUAAGUUCCAAUAGCGAAGAUCCAAGUAAAGUAGUGAUGGUACUAGCGGCAACAAAUUUCCCAUGGGAUAUCGACGAGGCUCUAAGAAGACGCUUAGAAAAACGUAUCUACAUUCCACUACCGAAUCAUGAAGGCAGAGAAGCAUUGUUAAGGAUAAAUCUUCGUGAAGUUAAAGUGGAUUCGUCUGUAAACUUGACGGAUAUUGCACGGAAACUUGAGGGUUACUCUGGUGCAGAUAUUACGAAUGUUUGUAGGGAUGCUUCUAUGAUGCUAAUGCGAAAGAAAAUCGCGGGUCUGAGGCCUGACCAGAUCAGGCAAUUGCCGAAGGAAGAAUUGGAUUUGCCCGUGUCUGCUGCAGAUUUCGACGAAGCCGUUGAGAGAUGUAACAAAAGCGUUUCCCAGGAGGACUUGGAAAAAUAUGAAAAGUGGAUGAGCGAAUUCGGUUCCUCUUGAUAUCAUUCCCUCAAGAAAUAAUAAUAUAAUUCAUUAACAUGCUUGUUGAUCCUGAUUACAAUUAAUGUUACAAUAUUAUUCUGUUUAACAUGUAUAAAAAAGCUAAAGGAGCUUAACUCUUCCGCAACUCCUAAAUAACUAGGUCUCUGUACUCGAGACUUGAGGAAAAUCAAAUUGGAAAAUAAAAGACUGUAUAAUAUUAUAUAUAGGAAUAACGUGAGCUAAAAAGUUGGGUAAUAUUUUUAAUCUCAACUGUAACACUGAAGACUUAACUGAUAGUAACAAAGUAGUUGUAACUUUUAUAUAGUCAGUAAUAUUUUCCAUCAAGUCUAAAUGUAAAUUUAUUCGUAAUAAUAAAAAUUAUUGAAACAAUAUCUAG